AUGGCUCUCAUAGAAAAUUGGAUGCCGCCUUCACGCGAGCAUUGGGAAUGGGUUGUUUACUUGUUCCAAUACUUCCCAAUUCUCACACUCAUCCAAUGGCCGAUUUCGUGGUAUGGCAUGGGCAAGACCUCUACACAGAGCAGAUUUAAUAUCCCGGGGAAGAUCGCAUGGCUUACGAUGGAGGUGCCUGGGUUUCUGAUCGUGCUCUACAUUAUGUACACCCUGCCCAACCAACUCGGAUUGUUAGGAUUACCAUGGGAGAAUAAAGCUAUGGGUGGUCUCUUUGUAAUCCACUACCUCUACCGCGCCAUCCUCUGCCCCUUUCUCGCCCCCUCAUUAUCCCCCAUCCACCCCAUCGUUUGGCUCUUCGCCAUCAUCUUCCAAGUAACCAACGGCCUCAGCAUCGGCGGCUACCUCGGCGGCCACGGUCCCACGUCCCGCGCAGCAUGGGCGAAUUUCAAAUCCGACUAUGUAGCUGGGGGUCGCAUGGAGCUCGGUAUGAUGAUAUGGGCUUUGGGCUUCUUGACCAACAUUUGGCAUGAUGACGAACUGCGUGAGAUCCGCAGGGCGGCGAAGAGGAACGCCGAGCAGAGAGCAGGGGAGAAGGGCGAGGGGAAAGGGAAGGGGGUCGACAAGGUGUAUAUGAUUCCGCGGAAUGGCGGGUUUGAGUAUAUUCUGUAUCCGCAUUAUCUGUGUGAGUGGAUUGAGUGGACUGGGUUCUGGAUCAUGGGAGGGAGUGCGUGUGUGCCAGCCAGGAACUUUCUGCUGAAUGAGAUCGCGACGAUGUUGCCAAGGGCUGUGCAGGGGAAGCAGUGGUAUGUGGAGAGGUUUGGGAAGGAAAAGGUUGCGGGGAAGGCGGCGAUUAUUCCGGGUAUUUUGUGA